AUGAAUCUCAAUCUCGCGGAACUCAACUUCUCGCAAUUUCGAAACGAAAUACCACUUCUGCUAGCAAGAGGGAAUACUUCUAUUAUUCUACCUUGGGAAAGAAGAUUGGAUGGUAUUCCUGACAUGACCCCCGAGUUUUUCUUGAACUUGGGGGAACACAUCUUAGCCUUUGACAAAACUUCAUCCUUUACCAAAAAGUUUUUCCGUGGUGUUCCGGCCAAGGUUGAUCAAGUAAAUAUAAUUUCUUUACACGAUCCUCAAAAUUGCAUAUGGGAAGGAUUUGUCAUGGAUGGAAUAUUUUUCUUGGAAGGAAAUAUAGAAUUGAAAGAAAGAAUGGUCUCGAUCAUCGAAUUAGCAGAGGAAAGCCUAAAAUGCAAUUCUUUAGUUGUGUGCCUUGAUAAAAAACUUCCUAAUAUAUCAACCUUUAUUCGCGACUUCUUGUAUGUCGGCUUCGAACUCGUCUGGCCUGGAACAAUAGAUCAUAACACCAAUGAAUAUAUUCUUGUGGGCAUGGAAUUAUGA